GGUAGCGGUUUGUUGAGCCACAGCCAUGUCGAAGCCAUCCCUGGCCAAGCUUCUAAAGCAUGGGAUCGACCCGAAUGCCCUGUCCUUUGAGGACGCGGGCGAGCGCCGCACCCUGCUGUGCCUUGCCAUUGAGGAGGCAGUGAAGCUGGACAACGACCUGGCGAAGGUGGAUCUGCUCCUGGAGAGCCGCGCCGAUCCGAACCGCCGCUCGGAGACCGGCAGCUUCCCCUUGAUGCUGGCCGCGAGACACUCAAAUGUCAAGCUGGCCAGGAAGCUCUUCCAGGCCAAGGCUGAGGUGAACCAGCAGGACACAAAGCUUGUAACUUCGCUGCACACCGCCGUGCAUCAGGACUCCGCACAAAUGGUGCAGUUGCUCCUGAUGCACAAGGCCAAUGUCAAUGUCCAAGAUCAGGUGGGCCAGUCGCCCGUCUUCUUCGCUGCCAGCACCACAGUCAUUGCUGUCCUCCUGGAUGCCAAAGCAGAUUUGCAUCAUCUCAACAAGAAAGGGCAAAGCGCCCUGCACCUCGCAGCGCACAACGGCCGCCACGAGGCCGUGGUGUACCUCACGGACCACGAAUUCCUGCAGGAGUCCGUCGACCUACAGGACGAGCGCGGGCGCAGCCCUCUGCACUUGGCGGCUGCGCAGGGCCAUCAGCGGGUUGUCUCUCGCCUCAUGGACGUAGGGGCGAACCCCAAGCUCAAGAUGCACAACGGCCAGACGCCAAUGACCUUGGCGGACAAGAAGGAUACCGACCUGGCGCUGUACAUCUACACACGGAUGA